AUGGCUGCGCCCAUAAAAUUAUUAGAAUUUCCAAAUGAUAUCGAUGAAAACCUGAGUGACAUUCCAUACAGAGAAAGAAAAGUAUGUAUUGUAUCAGUUGUUGGAAAGAGUCGGCUGAACUUUAUGUCCAACAAGGCUUCUUUAUUAAAUCCAGUCAUUGAGAGAGAUAUUUUUCAGGGAGCUGAAGGUUUUAUCAAUGAACAAGUUUCUAAGAAAGAGAUAGAACUGUAUUAUGAUGUGGAUAAUCAAGUUAUUUAUCUUCACCACCAAUCUUGUGCUGAUGUCCAUAUCCUGGCUGAGAGAUGUCAAGAACUGUAUCAAUCUAAAUCAAACUUGGAUUUUAAUAGUAUAUGGGAAGAUAACUCAAUAAAACAUGCUAAAACUUUGUUAUAUUUAUUUAGCCUGUCACAUAUAGUAUUGUUAUGUAAUCCAGGCAGUACAUUUGAUAUUGGUUAUGUUAAGUUGUUUAGAAUACUAGAUAUGAUAAGGUUAAAGUUACAGAGUUCUAUAUCAGAGGUAUUAUCAGAGUUUAUACUCUCACAAGAUUGGUAUACAUCAGCUAGACUCUGUUCACCUAGGGUAUUGUUUAUUUUCCAAACGGCUACUUUUGAGCUGAGUUUUGAUGACAAUGAUUCUUUGUAUAGUAAAACUAGACCACAAAAAAAUCUACCAAUUAAGAAAUUACAGAUAAAUUUAGAAGAUCAGAUUUAUAGAAUAUUAAGGAAAUCCAGAGUUAUUACAAACAUUAGUAAUAAUUCAUUGUUUGCUGUACCUGCUAAUCAAGAGUUUGUCUAUGUUCAUACUAAACGUGAAGAUUGUCCAGACCCAGUUACAUCAUAUCUACACUUAUUACGUAAUCUAAAUACUCCCUCUAAAGAUGAUUCUCCCAAGAGUAGAAGUUACCUAACUAAUAGACGUGGUGGUCAAGGUCCACUAGCAUCAUCAUCAUUUAACAAUAGAAUUAGAGAAUGUAAUUUUAAGGAGUUUAUUUGGCAACACAUAGAACUAGCAUUCAGUAAAGGCUUCAAUGACAAUGUAGGAAGGAAUCCUCUACCAUCUACAUUUGAGCUUCCAGUUUGUGAGACAUGGUUUUAUGUGGCGUUAAGAUUACAUCAAUUUUACUUUACCAAUAUACCUGAAGGCAAACCACAGGCUCACUUGAACACUUUAAAGUCUCUACUAGAAACAGAUGUAAGAUUCUCUGAAAAUCGCUGUAAUAAAUAUUUACCACUAGCUGAGACAGCUUAUCAACAAGACUUACCUACACAUUAUGUUAGAUCAUAUCAUGUACAGAAACUGGCUCAAGCUAAACAUGUUUUUGCUCAGUUUGCCCGUGGACCAGCAUAUGGUGAAUAUAUGAAACAGCUGGAAGAAGCUUGUGAAAAAUGGUGGAAAACUGGUAGACAACAAUGUGAAUCUGUCAGUUUGUCUGGAAAUCUGUGUAUUAAUCCUAUACAUAGAUUAGAAGAUGAGAUGGAGACAGAGAAGAAAGAACAGCUACCAGUUUUACCACAUUCUAGUCAGAUUAAAACUAAAGCAGCAUGUAACUGUGGUAAAAAACAAGCAGAUAAAGAAGAUUGUUUUGAUCAUAAGAGCGCAAAUUAUGACUUCUAUGAAAUGUUAGCCAAAACAUGUUGUCAUAAGCUACAAAAGAUUGAAUUACCAGCUUUUAAAGCCAGUACAACUGAAGCGAAGGCUCGUCAAGUACCAUUACCACCUACUAAUCAGUUGUUACCAGUACCUAAAUCUAGUACAUCAGGUGGUGACAGUAAAAGAAUAGAGUCUGUAGUAUCUGGAAUGUCAGGACUCAGUCUAGCACUUAGUUUAGGUCAAUCUGGAGGAAGUGAUGUAUAUCAUGGACAUCAAGAUGGUUUAGAUCAAAGAGAUACUAUAGACGUGUCAUCACGUGUAGCCAGUCUAGCUGAUGAGGCUAUGACUAGAGAUGAUGAUGAUGAUAAUGAAGAUGAUAAUGAUGAUGGUAAAGAAGAUGUUGGUGAAGAUGACACAAAGCUACCAUCUAGUAGUAAAAGUAAAGAAGAAAUAGAAAAUGAAGACACUCCAACAGUUGUAGAAGAGAAAAAUAUAAAAUCAAUUUGUGAAGAAAUAAUAAGUCGUCAGCAUUCUACAACUGAGUAUUUACCUGGUAUGGUACAUACUGACUCUCCACCUGGUCUCCUACCUAAAUUCUCUUCAUGGUCUUUAUGUUGUCUUGGUAAACCUUCAUUUUAUUCUCAUUCGCAGGGUCUAGAUCUACCAGGAUUUCUAGCUGGAAGCAAUUUUCUCUUACCCUGGGAUAUUACUCUCAAAAUCAGUAAAGAGAAAUGGCCGACAGUUGGUGAAACUGCUGGCAAGAAAGGUAGACAGAAAAGAUCUCAUAAAGAUGCAGGAGAAGUUAGUCUACGAGUGUUUCUGGGUAAUGAGUAUGAGUGUCCUAGAGGUCAUAGAUUUUUCUGCAGUGGACCAGAUAAGAUUAUAAAAGUAUCCAGUAUGUGUAGUGUUAAAGAUAAUGCCAAUAAAUUAUUAAAUCUAGAUAUGCCUUUAUAUACACCUUGUCAUUGCAGGAGUACAAAAGGCUAUAUAGCUCAAUUAAUGAGGCUAUAUAUAGUAACACCAGAUGGACCAAUUAGGAUAUUAUUAAAUCCUACAAUACAACCUGGUAUAGCACCAUGUCCACUAUUUCAUCCUGGUACUGAUAAACCUAUAGAAUUACCAUCCAAUGGUGUCUGGUGUCUUAGAUUACCACAUGUUUACCAAGGUGAUAGAGGUGUCUAUAAUAUGCCGUCUGACCCUCAACAGUUUCACCAAUGUCGAUUGUUGAAGGGUGUAUUUUCUUAUAGAGAAAGUAUUGGAGAGGGCUGAAAAUUAACAACGCGAAAUAUAUGGAAAGUGAAUUCAGUGAUAGUCUGUGAUAAGUAAUUAGUGCGGACAGUGAGGAUUAAAUACAAUGGUUUUGUAUUGUUCUGCUGUGCAGGGUGAGAUCCUGGAAUGCUGUGGAUAAGCAUUAAGGGAGUGGCACUGUCUAAGACAGAUUUGAAAAUUCUUCAAUGAUGCACUUGCUUAGAUAUGUUGAAAUCUUGUUAUGCUUCAAUAUAUUGAUCAAGUGUCCUAAAUACAGCAAUUGCAACUGAUCUUUAAAAAUUUAACAGACAUCCAUAUCAAUUCGGACUCUACUGGUAUUCUUAUACCACAAACAGUACUAAAAAAAGCUUACCAGACAAGGUAACAUACGCCCACUGGCUGCUGUAAGAAAUGAUUAAAUUUUUCACAACAAAGAUCAACAUUAUAAUACAAAUUUUCUCCAAUUAAAGAUCUUUAUAAU